UUGGUAAACAGCUUUGACCUCAUGGUGGAAGACACACUGUUAGGGGACGAGGCUGCAUAGCAUUGAAAAUAAAUCCAGACAUUCGUAAUUACUGGCGGUGUGAGGGAGACCCACCAUGGCCGGCGACAUGAUAUUGGUGAUGCGUGGCUUGGCCAAGCUGAGCCAGGCGGUAAUAGACACUCAGGCCAUUGGAGGAGCCCAGGCCAUGGCCCAGAGCAUGCAGAUGACUGCAGAGCAGAGCCUGGGAGUAGCCAUGCAGAAGAUGCAGGAGUUUGGCGGGCAGCAGCAGCAAAGUGUGUCUGAUGACUUUCCAGCAGACAUAGACAGUAAGUAUGACUUCUCCGGAGCAGAGGGGAGCAGCGUGGACAGUGGAGAACACGUAGAGUCAGGGUUCAGAGAAGAGGGACAAGGAGUUUCCUCAGAGGGGAUGGGGACCACAGACGGCACGACCUGCGGGACAUUCAACGGCCAGGCCUCACUCAAAUCCAAGCUGUUUGAGGGCUACAAGGACCCCAGCAGCCAGUUCUCAGGACAGAUCCGUUCCUACCUAUCCUAUAGCUCCUACCGCUCCUAUCACCAGGACGGCUCGGGGGUUGGGGGCCUCACGGCCGAGGACAUAGAGAAGGCCAGAGAAGCCAAGAGGAAUGAGAAACCACACAAACAAAUGCUCAGUGAAAGGGCACGAGAGAGAAAGGUACCAGUGACACGGUUAGGGAGACUGGCUAAUUUUGGAGGUCUGGCUGUAGGACUGGGCUUCGGAGCGCUGGCUGAGGUAGCCAAGAAGAGUAUGAGGCCAAGUGAGGAUAAUGCUGACAAGAAGGCCGUUCUGGACUCCAGUCCGUUCCUGUCGGAGGCUAACGCAGAGCGGAUCGUCAGGACGCUGUGUAAGGUCCGCGGAGCCGCACUGAAACUGGGCCAGAUGCUCAGCAUUCAAGAUGAUGCCUUCAUCAACCCCCAGCUGGCCAAGAUCUUUGAGCGUGUGAGACAGAGUGCAGACUUCAUGCCGAUCAAGCAGAUGACGAAGUCAAUCAACAACGACCUGGGCCCUAACUGGAGGGACAAGCUGGAUUCGUUUGAGGAGCGACCGUUCGCUGCGGCCUCCAUCGGACAGGUCCACCUGGCUAAGAUGAAGGACGGCAGGGAGGUGGCCAUGAAGAUCCAGUACCCCGGAGUGGCUAAAAGCAUCGACAGUGACAUCAACAACCUGAUGACUCUCCUCACCAUGAGCAACGCACUGCCUGAAGGUCUCUUCCCUGAGCAUCUGAUUGAGGUGAUGAGCAGAGAGCUGGCACUGGAAUGUGAUUACAUAAGAGAGGCCAAAUGUGCCAAGAAAUUCCAGGAGCUGCUGAAAGACCACCCGUUCUUCUACGUGCCAGAUGUAAUAGACGAGCUGAGCAGCAACGCCGUCCUCACCACAGAGCUGGUCCCCGGCUUCCCUCUGGACCAGGCUGAACAACUCUCCCAGGAGCUCAAGAACGAGAUCUGUGAGAAUAUCCUGAAACUUUGUUUAAGGGAGCUGUUUGAGUUCAGAUACAUGCAGACUGACCCCAACUGGUCCAACUUCUUCUACGACCCACAGACACACAGGGUUGCAUUGUUGGAUUUUGGAGCCACGAGGGGAUUUAGUGAGGACUUCACUGACAUCUACAUUGAGCUCAUCAAGUCAGCAGCAGAGGGAAACAGAGAGGGGGUUCGGAAGAGAUCAGUAGACAUGAAGUUCCUCACAGGUUAUGAGUCAAAGUCCAUGGUGAACGCCCAUGUGGACGCGGUGAUGAUCCUGGGCGAGGCCUUUGCCUCUAUGGAGCCCUUUAACUUCGGAGCCCAGAGCACCACAGAGCGCAUCCACAACCUGAUCCCUGUGAUGCUGAAGCAGCGCCUCACCCCGCCCCCCGAGGAGACCUACUCUCUCCACCGCAAGAUGGGCGGCUCCUUCCUCAUCUGCUCCCGCCUUGACGCCAAGCUCGGCUGCAAGAACAUGUUCCAGGAGGCCUAUAACAACUACUGGAGGGGCCGCCCCAACCGACCAAGCCAGUGACGGACACCACAGAGGGCCAAUCGCAUGGCUACAGCAUCAGGGUUACAGAGGGUGUGGACUAUAAGGGGAGGGAUGUUGACCCUACCCAGACUUUCUCUACUGUUCAUUUAAUGUAUAUGAUUGGCACUUUUUUGCCCGUCCCUCCCCCGAACCAGAAUAUGUGUGUAUAUUCACUACCGGUCCAAAGUUUUAGAACACCUACUCAUUCAA